AUGCAAAAGAACUCUGUGCAUCCCAACUCUCGGCACGCAUUCCAACGCUCUCGUAUUGCUCUGCGCCAGCGCCGUCUCAACGAGGCGCAAGGCGUGCGCAACCGUGUGCGUUCGGCCAAGGUCGACCGCAUCAUGACCUUUGUCCUGCUCUUGUCGGAUGAAAAAACUCACCUCCCUGAUCUAUAUGCAUUGCACGACUUUAUCAAUACCUUUUACCUCGGCCGCCACGACGACGAGCUGGCAGCAUUGCAGGCCGAACAGCGCCCGGGACGUCCCAAGUCCAAGCAACUCUUGGAGCUCGAAGAGAGGAUUGAAAAAGAGAAGCGCGAGUACCGUGAAGGCAUGGAAGUUCCGGACCUCUGCAACGAUAUCAAUGUGUCUAUUCUGCGCGAGUGGCAGGGCGAUCCCCAGGCGAUGCACUUGUUCCGGAUCGGUAUGUACUCUUUCUAA